GUCGCCUGCUGUGGCUGGACUGGAGCAAAGGACUGGGAGAACAACGAGGUUCUCAUCAACCGAAGCCUGGCAGAAUAUCCCUGCUCCUGCUCCAACAGCUCCAAGGACGCUGGGGCAGACAGUGGUUUCUGUAAGCUGGACACCCCGGUCAACGGCACCGCCACGGCCGCGGACUGGCCUGUGCACGAGCAGGGGUGCAUGGCUGGUGUGGAGAACUGGCUGAAGGACAACCUUGGUGUCAUUCUCGGGGUCUGCACCGGUGUUGCAGUUAUAGAGCUGCUGGGAAUGAUCCUCUCCAUUUCGCUCUGCAAGAACAUACACAGUGAAGACUACACCAAAGUGCCCAAGUCUUGAGCUGGCUGACUCCAGAGCCACGGCCCCGCGGAGGAAGGAGCACACGGAACAUUCCUGCCUCGUACCCAGACUGUCCCACCACUGACCAUUAUUCCUGUGACAUCCCAUUUCUGAUACCACUCUGCUAAGAACUGUUAGAGCUGCAGUCCAACCUGAUCUUCUGGCAAUAGAGUCCUUGGGCCACCUCCAGCCUGCCUCUGGAUUAUUUCCACUUCAGGAAGCAGAACUUAACUGUC